AUGGGUGUGGAACUCAAAGGAAAUGGCCGGGGGGAGCCGCCUAUGAACCCCACGAUUGCGGUCCCUCUGUUUGUUGUCGGCGGACUGAUAGCUUUUUUAUUCGUCUGGAAGACUGUCAUUCGCAUCAGCCAUCGUCGACGAUCAAAGGCUGCACGGCAAGGAAGCGACCAGACACAGCUGUGCCAGACAAGUCGGUUCAAGGCGGCCCUGAAAAGGCAUCUGCUGUAUGCCCCGAUAUGGGGCAAUCGCCAUAGUCGCGAAUUCCGCUUCUUGAGGCUUCAUAUGGGAUCUCUUCCGCUACGAUUGGAAGUGAUUUGCUUGCUGAUCUAUAUCAGCUUGAACAUAAUCUUCAUUCUUGUGACAGUCGAUUGGUGGCUCAGUGAUUACUCCAAGAAGAUGUUCCAGCUUAAGUACGCCGCGGGCCAUCUGGCCGUCAUGAAUACGCCGGGCUUGGUCCUAGGCGCAGGACGCAACAAUCCUUUAGUCCAGCUGUUGGGGAUCUCGUUCGAUACGUUUAAUUUCAUGCAUCGUUGGGUGGGACGGGUGAUCACAGCCAACGCCGUCAUCCACAUGAGCGCCGUGUUGGCUGACAAGGCUUCUACACAUGGCACGGACUAUGUUCUAUAUGUUAUUUGGCAGAAGAAGCUUUUUAUAUGCGGCCUUCUGGCCAUCAUUGGAUUCCUUUUUAUUUUCGUUCAAUCUCUGUCGCCGGCCCGACAUGCUUUUUACGAACUAUUUCUUCACCUGCACAUAGCCCUGGCUGUAUUUUCCUUCGUGGCGCUCUGGUAUCACCUGCAAAACCUACUGCAACAGCGUGUGCUGCUUUGCACCUUGAUCCUGUGGGGUCUGGAUCGUGCAGGUCGACUUGGGAUAUUGCUUUGGAGAAAUCUCAGCUCGCGUCCUACAACUGCUACCGUCGAGGUUCUGUCUGGGUCAGUUGCUCGUGUUGAUGUGGCCGUGGCUCGCGCAUGGCGUUUCCGGCCUGGGCAGUAUAUGUACCUCUACAUGCCGUGUCUGGGCUUGUGGACUUCGCAUCCCUUUACGGUUGCGUGGUCGUCAACGGGUUCGUUGAAUACGAACGAGAAGCGCGGCUCGGGUGGCUCUAUGGAUGCUCUUACUGGAGCCUCGGCGACGACAACCAUGUCUGUUCUAAUCAAGGGUCAAGACGGAUUCACGAAAAAGUUGCUCCAGAAGGCAGAAGCCUCCGCCGAGGGACGGAUUCAGGCUAUGGCGUUGGCGGAGGGGCCAUUUGGUGGUAUCCAUUCUCUCACCUCAUACGGUACUCUCCUAUUGAUAGCCGGAGGAAUCGGCAUUACCCACCCGAUGUCAUAUUUGAAUGAAGUUAUCGCCACGUUCACGGAGCAAAAGACAGCUACCCGCAAAGUGCAUCUAGUUUGGAUCGUCCGCAGUCUCGACCAUCUCGCAUGGAUCCAAACAUUCAUGGCCGAAAUACUAGGGCACGAAUCCCUAAGCCCAAUAAACUCGAACGGGCACUCCUUCUUCCAAUUCCCACGCCUCCUCCUGUCCAUCAGCCUCCACAUCACAUCACACAAGGAUGCUGUCGAGGAAUAUGUCCCUCAGCCAGAUUCGCUGUGGAUGCAAUGUGCUCCGCCUGGCGUGCCGGUCAGCAUCCACCACGGUAAGCCGUGUAUGCAAUCCGUGCUAGAGAAAGAAAAAGAAGACCAGAUCGGUGCGAUGGCGGUUAGCGUUUGCGGUCCUGGUGGCCUGGGUGAUAGUGUGCGGGAGGCUGUUAGGAAUGUACAAGGGGAGAAGACGGUUGAUCUGUUUGAAGAGACUUUUUCAUGGUAG